AUGAAUAUACGUUGUGCAAAACCAGAAGAUCUAAUGAAUAUUCAACAUGCAAACCUAAUGUGCCUUCCCGAAAAUUAUCAAAUGAAAUAUUAUUUCUAUCAUGCUCUGUCUUGGCCCCAAUUGACUUACGUAGCAGAAGAUCAUAAGGGUAAUAUAGUUGGGUAUGUAUUGGCAAAAAUGGAAGAAGAUCCCGAAGAAGAACCUCAUGGUCACAUUACCUCCCUGGCUGUGAAGCGGUCGUACAGGAGAUUAGGAUUGGCCCAAAAGCUUAUGGAUCAAACUGCCCGAGCCAUGGUUGAAACUUUCAAUGCUCGUUACGUGUCCUUACAUGUCCGUGUUAGCAACAGAGCUGCUCUUAAUCUCUAUCAGAAUUCCUUGAAAUUCUCGGUCAGCGAUGUUGAAUCGAAAUAUUAUGCUGAUGGCGAAGACGCUUUUGCAAUGAAACGAUGUUUGGUACAAUUCGCGAAAGAAAAUAGUAUUGAACCGGCUGACAAAGAAUCUUUUUUCAAUCCCAAAAGUCAUGACGAGAAAAAGAAGAAUAGACAAUAA